AAACCCCUUCGUUUAGGCGGACUAUCGAAAGAAAACAGUCCCAACUCACUAAAACCUGGUUUUUGUAUUUGUGAACUUUCCAGAGGCACUUCGAUUUCAGCCAUCGCCGUCUUCUUCUUCUUCUCCUCCACCUUCCGCAGAUCUGAUAUAGGGUUAGGGUUUUUCUCCGCUAUCUCGAUUUCUCUCCAACCCAACCACAAAAAUGGCUAUUUCUGCUCAAACCCCCGAUAUUUUGGGCGACCGCCAGUACGGUCAGGACGUUCGCACUCAAAAUGUGGUGGCUUGUCAAUCUGUCGCCAACAUCGUGAAAACCUCGCUCGGUCCCGUGGGUCUUGACAAGAUGUUAGUUGAUGAUAUUGGUGAUGUGACUAUUACCAAUGACGGAGCAACCAUUCUCAAGAUGUUAGAAGUUGAACAUCCUGCUGCCAAGGUGCUCGUAGAAUUGGCCGAGCUUCAAGACCGAGAAGUCGGAGAUGGGACUACUUCAGUUGUCAUUGUAGCUGCAGAGUUGCUCAAGAGAGCAAAUGAUCUCGUGAGGAAUAAGAUUCACCCGACAUCUAUAAUUAGCGGCUACAGACUUGCUAUGAGGGAGGCAUGUAAAUAUGUUGAGGAGAAAUUGGCUGUGAAGGUUGAGAAGCUUGGGAAAGAUUCUUUAAUAAAUUGCGCCAAGACAAGCAUGUCCUCAAAGUUGAUAGCUGGUGACAGUGACUUCUUUGCAAAUUUGGUUGUGGAUGCAGUACAAGCUGUAAAGAUGACAAAUGCUAGGGGGGAAAUCAGAUACCCAAUCAAGGGGAUAAAUAUUUUGAAAGCUCAUGGAAAAAGUGCAAAAGACAGUUAUCUCUUGAAUGGAUAUGCUCUAAAUACAGGUCGUGCUGCACAAGGAAUGCCUAUGAGAGUUUCCCCUGCAAGAAUCGCCUGUAUUGACUUUAAUCUUCAGAAAACGAAAAUGCAAUUGGGUGUUCAAGUUUUAGUAACUGAUCCCAGAGAACUUGAAAAAAUUCGUCAAAGGGAAGUGGAUAUGACCAAAGAACGCAUUGAGAAACUUCUCAAAGCUGGAGCGAAUGUGGUUCUGACUACAAAAGGGAUUGACGACAUGGCACUCAAGUAUUUCGUUGAGGCUGGGGCUAUUGCCGUAAGACGUGUUCGGAAAGAGGAUAUGCGGCAUGUUGCCAAGGCUACUGGCGCAACUCUGGUCUCAACAUUUGCUGAUAUGGAAGGGGAGGAAACAUUCGAGCCAUCAUUUCUUGGAUCUGCAGAUGAAGUUGUGGAGGAGCGCAUUGCUGAUGAUGACGUGAUUUUGAUAAAAGGGACCAAAACUACAAGCGCAGUUUCGGUGAUCCUGAGGGGUGCCAAUGACUAUAUGCUUGAUGAGAUGGAGAGAGCUUUGCAUGAUUCUUUAUCCAUUGUGAAGAGGACCCUGGAAUCAAACACGGUGGUAGCGGGUGGUGGGGCAGUUGAGGCUGCGUUAUCUGUGUAUCUGGAGUAUCUUGCGACGACUUUGGGAUCACGUGAGCAGUUGGCGAUUGCUGAGUUUGCUGAAUCUUUGCUAAUAAUACCCAAGGUGCUCGCUGUCAAUGCCGCCAAGGAUGCAACGGAGUUGGUGGCAAAAUUGCGGGCAUACCAUCAUGCUGCACAAACUAAGGCUGAUAAGAAGCAUUUAUCUAGCAUGGGAUUGGACCUCAUAAAGGGAGCCGUUCGCAACAACUUGGAAGCUGGAGUCAUUGAGCCUGCAAUGAGCAAAGUCAAAAUAAUUCAGUUUGCAACGGAAGCUGCCAUAACAAUUCUUCGAAUUGAUGACAUGAUAAAGCUUGUCAAAGAUGAAAGUCAGAAUGAGGAGUAGAAUUUGUGUGCUUGCAUUCAUACGCUUCAUUUUUUUAUUUUGCUAAUAGAGGGGAAUGGUUGGUGUGUGAACUUUGAAGAGGAUUUCAUGGUUUGAUGUGGGUUUUUUGUAAUACUCCAAAAUGAGAAUGUUUUAUUAUCUAGUUAAUGAAGCUAUUUCUGUAUUGCUUUCAGCUUUUAUGUUUUGGAAUUAGGAUUCAGUUGAGAAGUGGUUGCGAGAUGAAGGGGACAGGAUUUUUUUUAGUUUUGGUGGUCCUACUGGUGACACUUGAAUUACAUGUUUGGUUUUUUGUAGUACUUGGAAGAUUAGUGACC